UGAACAUCGUGGCGAUCAUAUUCGUCACAGCAUCCGAGGACGGCGGGCUGUUGCUCCUGAAAAGCAGGACCAUUUCCCGUCAAAUAAAAGGUCGAACGACAAGGUGUGAGACUCACGCGCUUCUCAUCUUCACCAUCGUUACAGUCAAGACGCCUUCGUGGCACCACUAACACAUCAGCUCAGAAAGAUGGCAUUGGCAGACAAGGAGUUCAAUCUCCAGGAGUACAUCAGCAUGGCGUUCUAUUGCCUUGUUGGUAUGGGGGUCAUCAUGCACUGGGUCCACGUGUGGGUCGGAAGACCAGACUGCAGGAUGGUUGAACUCGAGGCCCGUCUACGGACAUUGGAAGAGGGGGAGAAACUGCGGGAAGCCGAUUCACGACGCGCCUCCGUCCAGAUGUCACUUUCUGCGCCUCCCCUGGCACAGCAGAAAACCAUGUCUUGCUAUGGAUGCCCGGAGCCCAUAGGCCGCAAGGAUUCCGCCACUGCCAUGGCGUCGCUCUUCAACAACGACUACGCUCCCUUCCAGGCCCCGCCCCACAGGAAGGACUCGUACCUCAGUCACUACCGUGAUUCGAUUGCUCCAAACGAGGUGCCGGUCACCAAGCCACUCUGUGCGGACCUCCCUCCGGCUCCGGAGAUGCCGUAUCAGCGGCCCAGUUGACUACAUGGCAGUGGAAACGAGCCCGUGCUCAAGAGGGACCAUUCCUUCCACAUGCCGCACUUCAACUUCAAGAAGGAUCUGAGCGACUUCAGAAGGUCCCACAAUGCCACUCCUCCCAGCCACGAUGACGACCCGACAUCUCCCCUUUCAGCAAGCAGUGCUUCUGGACACGGUCGUCGUCACCAUCUCCGCUCCCCGCUCGGCCACCACCAUUUCCAUGACUACUUGCCUCAAAUCCCGCCAGUGUCCCCUCA